AUGGGCUGGAACUCCAACAACCCCCCCAAACUGAGAGCGGGGUUCGCUCUACGGGUGUUGUGGAUGGUUCAGGCGCUCGUGGACCUGGCCGGCUCUCAGGAGAUUUACGCGCCGCACUCCAUCCGGGUGGAGGGCGACGUGACGCUGGGGGGGCUCUUCCCGGUCCACGCCAGGGGGCUCCCGGGGAUGCCGUGCGGGGACAUCAAGAAGGAGAACGGCAUCCACCGGCUGGAGGCGAUGAUGUACGCCCUGGACCAGAUCAACGGCGACGAAGACCUGCUGCCCAACGUCACCCUGGGCGCGCGGGUCUUGGACACCUGCUCGCGGGACACGUACGCGCUGGAGCAGUCCCUGACGUUCGUGCAGGCGCUCAUCCAGAAGGACACGUCAGACGUCAGGUGCACUAACGGGGAGCCGCCGGUGUUCGUGAAGCCCGAAAAAGUUGUAGGGGUGAUCGGGGCAUCUGCCAGCUCAGUGUCCAUUAUGGUGGCCAACAUCCUGCGGCUGUUCCAGAUCCCUCAGAUCAGCUACGCCUCCACCGCCCCAGAGCUGAGUGACGACCGGCGGUACGACUUCUUCUCUCGGGUGGUCCCUCCGGACAGUUUCCAGGCUCAGGCUAUGGUGGACAUCGUGAAGACGAUGGGCUGGAACUACGUCUCCACCGUGGCCUCUGAGGGCAGCUACGGGGAGAAGGGGGUGGACGCCUUCAUGCAGCUCUCCAGGGAAGCAGGUGGGAUCUGUAUCGCUCAGUCACUGAAGAUCCCUCACGACCACGCACCCUCCAACUUCGAUAAGAUAAUCAACCUGCUGCUGGACACUCGGUACGCCCGGGCCGUCAUCCUGUUCGCUUCAGACGAGGACAUCAGGGGGAUUUUAAACGCCAGCAAACGAGCAGACCAGGUCGGUCACUUCCUGUGGAUCGGCUCUGACAGCUGGGGGGCCAAGAACAGUCCCAUCCACCAGCUGGAGGACGCCGCUGUGGGCGCCAUCACCAUCCUGCCGAAGAGAGCCACCAUCAACGGGUUCGAUGCGUACUUCACAUCCAGGACUUUGGAGAACAACCGGAGGAACGUGUGGUUCGCUGAGUACUGGGAGGAGAACUUCAACUGCAAACUGAUGAGCUCCUCCAAGAAAGACGAGAGCAGCAGGAAGUGCACAGGUCAGGAGCGUAUCGGCAUCGAUUCAAAGUACGAGCAGGAGGGAAAGGUGCAGUUCGUGAUCGAUGCAGUGUACGCCAUGGCCCACGCCCUCCACAACAUGCAGAGAGACCUGUGUCCGGAAAACUCCGGCAUCUGCCCGGAGAUGGAGCUGGCCGGAGGGAAGAAACUACUCAAGUACAUCCGCAGCGUCAGCUUCAACGGAAGUGCCGGCACUGCAGUGACGUUCAACCGUAACGGCGAUGCUCCUGGACGCUACGAUCUGUUUCAGUAUCAGUGGAGCAACAUCAGCGGGCCGGGCUACAAGGUGAUCGGACAGUGGACGGAGAGCCUGCAGCUCAACGUUGAGGACAUGCAGUGGCCUCGUGGGGAGGUGGACAUUCCCACCUCCGUGUGCAGCCUUCCCUGCCGGACCGGUGAAAGGAAGAAGGUGGUGAAAGGCAUGCCCUGCUGCUGGCACUGUGAACCCUGUGACGGAUACCAGUACCAGUCUGACGAGUUCUCCUGCAAACUCUGCUCCUACAACAUGAGACCCAACCCCAACCGCACAACCUGCCAGCCUAUACCCAUCAUCAAACUGGAAUGGCACUCACCCUGGGCCGUCAUCCCAGUUUUCCUGGCAAUGAUCGGGAUUAUUGCUACGAUCUUUGUCAUGGCUACUUUCAUCCGGUACAAUGACACGCCAAUAGUCCGAGCCUCAGGGCGUGAGCUGAGUUACGUUCUUCUGACUGGGAUAUUUUUAUGUUACAUCAUCACAUUCCUCAUGAUUGCCAAGCCAGAUGUGGGCGUGUGCUCAUUCAGGAGGAUUUUCCUGGGUCUGGGCAUGUGCAUCAGCUAUGCUGCCCUCCUCACGAAAACCAACCGCAUCUACCGAAUCUUUGAGCAGGGCAAAAAGUCAGUGACGGCACCAAGGCUUAUCAGCCCCACCUCACAGCUGGCGAUAACCUCCAGUCUCAUCUCAGUCCAACUGCUUGGGGUGUUCAUCUGGUUUGUGGUGGAUCCACCAAACACCAUCAUCGACUAUGAUGAGCAGAAGACCUUCAACCCAUAUCUAGCACGAGGGGUGUUGAAAUGUGACAUCACGGAUCUUCAGAUUAUCUGUUCGUUGGGAUACAGUAUCUUGUUGAUGGUGACGUGUACUGUUUAUGCCAUAAAGACCCGCGGAGUACCAGAGAACUUUAACGAGGCCAAGCCCAUCGGGUUCACCAUGUACACCACCUGCAUCGUCUGGCUGGCUUUUAUACCCAUCUUCUUCGGCACGGCGCAGUCUGCAGAAAAGCUGUACAUCCAGACGACCACACUAACCAUCUCCAUGAAUCUGAGUGCGUCUGUGGCUCUGGGAAUGCUCUAUAUGCCCAAAGUGUACGUCAUCAUCUUCCACCCAGAGCUCAACGUGCAGAAGAGGAAACGCUCCUUCAAAGCCGUCGUCACGGCCGCAACCAUGUCGUCCCGACUCUCCCACAAAGCCAACGACCGACCCAACGGUGAGGCCAAGACGGAGCUGUGCGAGAACGUCGACCCAAACAGUCCAGCAGCAAAGAAGAAACACGUGAGCUACAACGACCUCGUGAUCUAACCGCCUUCCUCCAUCAGACUGACGAGCGAGAACAGCGUGAUGGAUGGAGAUGUCUGCUCUCCUGUCCUGCAAAACAAGAAAAAAAACGGAGUAAAAGAAGACGAAGGAGGGAUGUUUUUUUUGUUGUUGUUGUUUAGUUAUUUUGGUCUCAUGUGCUUCAUUGCCCACCACAGACUUCCAGGUGCUGAAGCAAAGCAUUGUGGGACUUUUCUUUGGGCACACAGACUCACUCAAUGAAAGAGGAGCAACAGGAGAGGAGGGUGACGAAUAAAAAAAAAAAAAAGAACCUGUUUCUUUUCAGUGAAGAUGAUGGUGAUGAUGGUAAUGAUGGUAUUGAUGAUGGUAAUGAGAACAAACAGAGGAAGCAUCAGUGGACAUCUUGCAGCCUCCAGGUUGCAGACAGGUGACGCUCAUGACGCGUCUCUCUCUGCUGUUGAUGUCAAACGAAGUGGCCGUCUCGGCCUGACGUGACCUUUCUACGGAGCCCGCCUCCUCUCGUCUUUUAAUGUACUUCCAAACUGCAAGUUUACCUUCCUGUCCACCUGUGUGUAGUUCUUUAUGGCUUAUUUGUUGGCCGCCUUUGGUUGUUGAUUUUGUUUUAUUCCUAUUUUUUAAGACAACAAUGAUUAUGAUGUUGAUGUUGAUGAUGAUGAUGAUGAUGAUGAUGAUUAUGAUGAUGAUGAUUCAGUUUUGCUUCUUGCUUCUUGGAUGCACAUUGUUUUUUAUUAAAGCCAUAUUCUUCA